GAAGUCUCUUUUUCUUUGUGUUUUUGAGAGUCGAGUUUAGCAUAGUCUUUCCACCCCCCCUGUGGGAUACACAGAGAGAGAGAGAUCGAAAGUUUAAAAAAGAAACAACCAAUAGAUAUAUACAAGUAGAUAGUAUGAUAAUAAGCUAGCAACAUUAAUAAAUAUCAACACUUUUCUUUCUUCCUUAUUUCCUCAUGGCCAUUUCUUCACCUUCAUCUAUCCUAGAUACACUCUUUUGUGAAGAACAAGAAAUUGAUCAUCCAUAUGAGGAUGAUGAUUAUAAUGAUAAUGAUGAACAUUAUGAUCAUAGUCAUGUAAUACUUACACAAACCACCCUCCAAGAUUCCUCACAUCUCCAUAACCCCUCUUUGAACAACAACCAAGAUUUCUUUUGGGAAGAUGAAGAGCUUGUAUCUCUUUUCACCAAAGAACAAGAACAACAAUUACAAACACACCCUUACACUUUAUCUUUUGUCAAAACAGACCCUGUACUUUUACUUGCUCGCAAAGAAGCAGUGAAUUGGAUUCUUAAAGUGAAAUCCCAUUUUGGAUUCACACAUCUUACUGCCAUACUUUGUAUUAAUUAUGUUGAUAGGUUCCUUUCUAGUCUUCAUUUCCAGAAAGACAAGCCAUGGAUGAUUCAUCUUCUUGCUGUCACUUGUCUUUCUUUAGCUGCUAAAGUUGAAGAAACUCAAGUGCCAACUCUUCUAGAACUUCAAGUGGACACAAAGUACUUGUUUGAGCCAAAAAACAUACAAAAAAUGGAGCUUCUAGUGAUGUCAACAUUGGAAUGGAAGAUGAAUCCAGUUACACCAAUCUCAUUUCUUGAUCAUAUUGUAAGAAGGCUUCAACUAAAUACUCAUCUCCAAUGGGAUUUUGUCAACAAAUGUGAAAAUCUCAUUCUAUCCCUUGUCUCAGAUUCAAGAUUUGUGGGUUAUCAACCAUCAGUAUUGGCCACAGCUACGAUUCUUCAUGUCAUAGAUCAAGUUGACUUUAUCAAUUCUGUUGACUAUCAGACUCAGCUUCUUGAUGUACUCCAAACCACCAAGGAGAAAGUGAAGGAGUGCAAUGAAAAGAUUAUGGAGGCAUCACAUUCAAGUUCGAUUAUUCCUAAAAAACGAAAGUUUGAAGAGGAUGACACCUCAGUUGGUGUAAUGGAUGCACAUUUCCUGUCAUCACAAUUGACGUCACCAUCUUCUUCUCCUCCUCAUUGCCAUCGUUAUCAACCUACGAUCAAGAAACUGAUCAAGAUCGAACAACAACGAGCAUACAUUUUUUUUCACUAAGUUGCAAAGCGUUUGUUAAUGUUGCUUCUAGCCCUUGUUAGAUGUUCGGAAUAUGUUAAUUAUGGUUGUCAAUAAUCUUUUCGGUUAAUUUAUGAGAUAAAGUUUGCUACUCGUA